AUGUGCCUGCAGAUCCCACUUUGGCUGGAAUCAGCAGCCACAAAACGGAAGUUGCUCCCUUCCCUCUCGGCCUCUCUUGAGGACAUCUUCACCCACUGGGAAAAAACUCCUUCAAAAUCCAGGAGAAGAAAGGCGAGUGAUGAGGAGGCAGCUAUCCCAGAAAAAAUCCGAGUUCCUGAUCCUGUGAGCAGCUCUGAGAGCUCAGAGAAGGAAGAAGAUGAGAAAGAGAAGGCGAAAGCUGCAAAUGCAACCAGCCUUUCCCUGCCCACCAACUCAGCAGUGGUUGUAGACAGCAGUGAAGAUGAGGACUCCUCAUCAGAAGAGGAGACUUCAGCUGGAAAGGGUGCAGUUACGGUGACCCCAGCUGUGGUGGGUGGCAAAGCUGCCAACUCCCUGCACUCUCCUCACAAACCUGCUGCCCCAGCAGGCAGAGCCGCGGUGCUCACUGCUCCCAGCAGGACUGUGCUCUCCAACAAGCAGCAGCCCAAUGCACCAGUAGCUGCUGCAGCUCCAGCCAAAGCUGGGCAGAAAUUGCCCAGUCCUGGGAAGUCUGGACAGGCUACAACAGCAGUGGCCAAAGUAGGUCAAAGCAAAGCACCAGUAGCGACCAAAGCAGCAGAAAGCUCCAGCAGCAGCAGCUCAUCAGAGAGUGAGGAGGAAAAAGAGACGCCGGCUGCGAAUGCCCCGGCUCCCAAAGUGGAGCUGAAGCAGGCAGCUGGGGCUGCUGAGAGCAGCAGUGGGGAAUCAAGUGAUGAGACAUCCUCUGAGGAGGAGCUUGCAACUCCAGAAAGCCAGGCAAAACCAGCUACAAAACCAGCGCAGGUUACUGCAGAACCUGUGAAAAGUGCUCCUACUGCUUCAAUGUCCCUCAAGAAGAAUGCAGUGAGGCAAACAGCAGCAGCACCAAACCAGACCAAACCUGCAUCCACAGCAGUUCCUGGGGCUGCAAAGCCCGAUGACACCUCAGAGAGCAGUGACUCCUCAGACAGUGAAGAUGAGGAACCUCCAUCAGUAACACAAACAAAGCCACCUCCAAAAUCCUCCCAAGCCGUCCCACCCCCAGUGAAACCUACACCAGCAACAUCACUCUCUGGCAAAGCAAAUCCGGCAAAAACGCUUCCGCUGUCCCAAGGGAAGCCAGCCCCAAAACUGGGAGUGCCACAGCAGGCCAAAACCAAGCUGGGAAAGACCUCUGCUCCUGCAAAGCCUGCUGAAGGCACAAAGUCAGCAGAGAGCUCCGAUUCCUCAGGCAGUGAAGAGGAGGAUCUCCCUGUGCCCAUCAGCCAGAAGAGGAUAACAGAACAGGCUGGGCCUGUUCCCAGCCUGAGCCAGGCUGCUAAAGCUGGGCUCCCUGAAAAAGCAGUGGGAAGCACCUUGAAAAGCCAAGUCUCAGAAAGUGGGAGCAGUGACUCAUCUGACAGUGAAGAGGAGUCCCCUGCAGCACAGACACAGCCUGCUUUUCCUGCAGUGAAAACCAAUGCUGUGCCCCAGCCAACAAAUGUGAAGAAAGGACCAGCUCCAGCACCAGUGCCAGCCCCUGUGCCAGCCCCUCCACCCGUGGACAGCAGCGAUGAUUCCAGCGAGGAGUCCGAUUCAGAGGAGGAGAUGGUUCCCCCUUCUCAGGUCCCCGCUCCUCCUUCCCUAAAGCAAACGGUUCCCAUGGGAAAAGCUCCUCCAGCCAACACUGCUGUCCCACAGACUGCUUCACCUCUGGGAAGUCCCACCACCAAGUCAAGGAAGCCAGGCCUGCAGCCAGCGCAGGGCGCCCGGCUGAACCAGGUUGUGCCACCCACCCAGGCAGAGGAGACCUCAGACAGUAGCAGUUCCUCAGAUAGUGAUGAGGAGGAGAAGCCCAAGCAGCCCCGCAAACCUGGUUUGCAGCAGAAACCAGGAGGGAUCCAGCCAGCCCAGAGCUCCUCAGAGUCCAGUGAGGAGGAGGCAAUGUCACAGUCCCUCCUUACAAGCUAUCUGGGCCUCUCCAGUACCACAGCAGCACCUCAGGCAUCAAAGACAGUUCCUCCCCAGCCUGCAGGCAAAGUGGAGCAAGGGAAGGCAGCUGUGACUGCUGCCAACUCCUUUCCCAAGGCCUCUGUGAGAGCAGCCCCAGCCAACGGCUCCAGCAGUGACAGCAGUGACUCCGACACCGACAUCGACCAGGUGGCUGCAAACCACAAAGCAGAAAACAACCUCCCUCCAAAGCAGGAAGUCACUGGAGCCUCCAACAAAGAGAAGGGGGCACAAAAAACAAAGCCAGGUCAUGCCAGCCUCAAACCUCCCCCAGCCAAGAAAGCCCUGACUGUGAAAGAGAAUGAUGUUGGGGCAAAAGGGGCACAGGUGGUCCCAGCAUCACAUGCAGUGUCAUCCAUCCCACAGUCAGAGGAGUCAAACUCAGGGAGCGAAACAGAGGUCACUUCUGCUGCCAAAGUUCCUGUAGUGCAAAUGCUGGAAGGGUUGGAAGGGAAAAAGAAGAAGAAAAAGGAGAAAAAAGAGAAGAAGGAAAAGAAGAAAUCUUCCUCCACAGCAGACAAGGCUGUGAAAACAUCUAAGAGCAAUGACAAAGAGAAUAAGAAGCAGAAAACAUCUCAGAAGCAGAAACUGCCAGGAGAGGAUGGGGCUGUUGGGCAGCCCAAGGAGAAGAAGAGGAAAGGGCAAGCUAAUGAAGAAGUACCCAAAAAGAAAAAGAAAAAAGCAUCUGGUGACAUGGAGAAGCUGCCAGGCAGCAAGGAAAAGAAAAAAUCAGCUAAAAAAAAAAAGACUGGAAAAGAAAAGAAGAAGAGCAAAAAGGUGUCUUUGGAAGGGGAGCCUGUAGCAGAUGGCUCUGCUGAGGUUCACAAGAAGAAGAAGAAGAAGAAGAAAACAGCUGAGCCUGAAGGACUGUGA